AAAAAUUAAAACAACACAACACAAUGUUUAAGCGCUAAAAACACUCGAAAACUGCAAGAAAAUACAACACACAUUUGAAUCGAGUCCGGAACCCAAAAAUAAUACCAACAGCAGUAGCAGCAGCGAAACCGGCGGCACAUUUACUAUGUGGUCGAUGGCAAAAUGACCCUCCUGUCGAACAUUCUCGACUGCGGAGGCUGUAUUUCCGCCCAGCGCUUCACCCGUCUGCUGCGCCAGUCCGGCUCAUCGGUACCAUCCCCAUCUGCACCGGCGCCCGGAACAUUUGAAUCCAUAUCCAUGCUGGAGCCGACAUCCUUGCACAGUUUGCCGACCGGACGAGUGCCGCUGCUGCACGAUUUCGAUGCCUCGACAACGGAAUCGCCGGGAACCUAUGUCCUCGAUGGGGUCGCCCGGGUGGCCCAAUUGGCCCUGGAGCCCACCGUCAUGGACGGCCUGCCGGAUCCGGACACGGAACAAGUACUCAGUAAUCUCAACAGCAGCGCGCCCUGGAAUCUAACGCUUUCAUCGGCGGCGGCCACCAAUUUUGAGAACUGCUCGGCUCUUUUUGUCAAUUAUACCCUACCACAAACAGGACUCUACUGCAAUUGGACCUGGGAUACAUUGCUCUGCUGGCCACCCACUCCGGCCGGAGUCCUGGCACGGAUGAAUUGUCCGGGCGGCUUUCAUGGCGUUGAUACGCGCAAAUUCGCCAUCCGAAAGUGCGAGCUGGAUGGCCGAUGGGGCAGCAGGCCAAAUGCCACGGAGGUGAGUCCGCCGGGAUGGACGGACUACGGACCGUGUUACAAGCCGGAGAUUAUCCGCCUCAUGCAGCAGAUGGGCAGCAAGGACUUCGAUGCAUACAUAGACAUAGCCAGGAGGACUAGGACCCUGGAGAUCGUGGGCCUCUGCAUCUCCCUGUUCGCCCUGAUAGUUUCACUGCUGAUCUUCUGCACAUUUCGCUCCCUGCGAAACAAUCGCACCAAGAUCCACAAGAACCUCUUCGUCGCCAUGGUGCUGCAGGUGAUCAUCCGCCUGACCCUGUAUCUCGAUCAGUUCCGGCGGGGAAACAAGGAGGCGGCGACCAACACCAGUCUCUCCGCCAUUGAGAACACGCCGUAUUUGUGCGAGGCAUCCUAUGUACUUCUGGAGUACGCUCGUACCGCCAUGUUCAUGUGGAUGUUCAUCGAGGGCCUUUAUCUGCACAACAUGGUCACGGUAGCCGUGUUCCAGGGCAGCUUUCCCCUCAAGUUCUUCUCGCGACUUGGCUGGUGUGUGCCCAUUCUGAUGACCACCGUGUGGGCGAGAUGCACGGUUAUGUAUAUGGACACCUCGCUGGGCGAAUGCUUGUGGAACUAUAAUCUCACGCCCUACUACUGGAUCCUCGAGGGACCACGACUAGCGGUUAUACUGCUUAACUUCUGUUUCCUGGUGAACAUUAUCCGAGUGCUGGUGAUGAAGCUACGUCAAUCGCAGGCCAGCGACAUUGAACAGACUCGCAAAGCCGUUAGAGCGGCUAUAGUCCUACUACCACUUUUGGGUAUAACCAAUAUCCUGCACCAGCUGGCUCCUCUGAAAACGGCCACGAAUUUCGCUGUGUGGUCGUAUGGCACCCACUUUCUCACCUCGUUUCAGGGAUUUUUUAUAGCGCUAAUUUACUGCUUUCUAAAUGGCGAGGUUCGUGCCGUGCUCCUCAAGAGUCUGGCCACCCAGCUGUCGGUGCGAGGCCAUCCGGAGUGGGCGCCAAAAAGGGCAUCUAUGUACUCGGGGGCUUAUAACACGGCGCCGGAUACGGAUGCAGUGCAGCCUGCUGGAGAUCCAUCGGCCACUGGGAAGCGAAUAUCACCGCCGAACAAGAGGCUGAAUGGAAGGAAGCCGAGCAGCGCCAGCAUUGUGAUGAUCCACGAGCCUCAACAGCGCCAGCGACUGAUGCCCCGGCUCCAAAACAAGGCGCGGGAAAAGGGCAAGGAGCGGGUGGAGAAGACGGAUAAGGAAGCGGAGCCAGAGCCGGAUCCGGCCAUCUCUCGAAUUCACAGCAAGGAAGCGGACAGAGCGAGAUCGCGGACUCGCGGCUCCAAGUGGAUAAUGGGCAUCUGCUUCCGGGGUCAAAAGGACAAAUGUGUGAUGCCGGGCUCGCAAAAGACGCAGCAAAUAUUCAUGACGUCACAAAUGCCGCCGACAUCGACGCUGGCAGUGGUAGCAACGACAAUGGCCACAACAGCGACCACAACAACAAGUGCAGCGGCAGCCAAAACAACAAUAGCAUCCAUUGCAACCAUCGCCACAAUAACAAAGUCGAAGGCAAAAGCUAAAGCGAUUUCAAAGAGCCAUUAAAUGUUAAUGCCGAAA